AUGGCGCGCAUUCUUAUCACAGGCUCUUCCGACGGUCUCGGAUCAGCCGUCGCCAAACGUCUCGUCGCAAAUGGACAUUCUGUUGUUCUUCAUGCGCGCAACGCUCAACGUGCAAAGGACGCCACGACAGCUUGUCCUGGGGCUGACACAGUCGUGACGGGCGACUUGUCCAGCCUUGCAGAGACCAAGAACAUGGCAAACGAAGUCAAUAAGCUGGGAGCGUUCGACUGCGUGAUUCACAACGCCGGACUUUAUCAAGGCCCAUUCCGCAAGACAAGCGAGGGGAUUCCUGCCCUGGCGGCCGUCAACACUGUAGCGCCAUAUGUACUCACCGCACUCAUCACCCGUCCCAAGCGCUUGGUAUUUCUCUCUUCCGAGAUGCAUCAGUCAGGUUCUCCUACUUUGGACGACGUCCUUUGGCAGAAACGCGGCGAAGGCCAAUACAGCGCGAAUGCUGCCUACUGCGCGAGCAAGCUUCACAACGUCUUGCUUGCCAAAGCUUUCGCCCACAGAUGGCCUGACGUGAAGAGCAAUGCAUUGGAUCCUGGCUGGGUGGCUACCAAGAUGGGUGGCAGUUCGGCGCCAGGCAGCGUUGAUGCGGCGGUCGAAAGUUACGUUAUGCUUGCUGAGGGAGAGGAAGAGAAGGCCAAAAUGAGCGGGUGCUAUUUCCAUCCGAACAAGCGACAAGGCACACCCCAUAAGGCAACAGAGGAUGAGAAGGCUCAGGACAAGCUGCUGGAGAUUUGCGCUGAGUUCUCUGGUGUUCAGCUUCCAUGA